AUGGCCUCCGACGUCAUGACUGUCGCCUUCGAAUGGCGGGAAAGACAUCCCAGCCAACCAAACCUUGACAAUAUGCUCCAAUACCAUGAUCUUUACAAGCAGUCCAUCGAAUCACCGUCGCAAUUCUGGUCAAACCAGGCCCGUGAGCUUCUGUGGUUUACUCAAGAUUUUCAUACCCCUCAUAUUGGUUCAUUUGAGGACGGGUAUAACGCCUGGUUCCUUGGAGGCCAACUAAAUGCUUCCUUCAACUGCAUUGAUCGACAUAUGACAGACGAUCCGGACCGCGUUGCCAUCAUAUACGAGCCAGACGACCCUAACCAGGUUGUUAAACGAGUGACAUACAGAGAGCUCCUCGGCCAUGUCUCAAAACUGGCUGGUUUCCUGCGUUCUCAAGGAGUGAAAAAGGGCGACAUCGUCACAAUAUACAUGUCAAUGGUCGCGGAGGUUAUCUAUUCCCUCCUCGCCUGUGCUCGGAUUGGAGCCAUUCAUUCAGUUGUUUUUGCAGGAUUCUCAGCGGGGGCCUUACGGGACCGCAUCGUAGAUGCCAAUUCAAAGAUCGUUAUAACAGCUGAUGAAGGCCGCCGCGGUGGAAAAUCGAUUCCAACAAAGCACAUUGUUGAUGAAGCACUCAAGGACUGCCCUUGUGUUUCAACUGUAUUAAUCUACGAGCGGACGGGUAGCCAAAAACCUAUGGACUCGGAAGACUACCUCUUCAUGCUUUAUACGUCCGGUUCAACUGGAAAACCUAAAGGUGUCCUUCAUAGCACGGCAGGAUAUCUAUUAGGGGCUGCAGUGACGGGGAAAUACGUUUUCGACGUUCACAAAGACGACAUAUUCUUUUGUGCUGGAGAUAUUGGAUGGAUCACUGGCCACACAUACGUGGCAUACGCGCCUUUAUUGCUCGGCUGCACGACAGUUAUGUUCGAAGGAACCCCUGCCUAUCCAAGCAACACGCGAUACUGGGAGAUAAUUGCCAAGCAUGCCGUGACACAUUUUUAUGCUGCACCCACAGCCCUACGGUUGUUGAAGAGGUCAGUCAGCAAGGAAGAUGUGGCAGGAUUUGACACGUCGUCAUUGCGCGUACUUGGGUCAGUUGGCGAGCCAAUUGCUCCUGAGGUCUGGAAAUGGUACUCUGACUUCAUGGGAAAUGAUAAGGCUUAUAUUACCGAUACAUACUGGCAAACUGAAACAGGCUCCCACAUCAUAGCAGCCAUGGCUGGUGUCACUCCAGUGAAACCAGGGAGCGCCUCCCUACCGUGUUUUGGGAUUGACGCAGCUAUUCUUGACCCGGUAAGCGGAAAGGAACUAGAGGGGUACUCGGUGGAGGGUGUUCUGGCUAUUAAGCAGCCUUGGCCUAGUAUGGCCCGAACCAUUCGUGGGGACCACAGGCGAUACAUGGAGAGCUAUCUUGACGUUUACAAGGGUUACUAUUUCACCGGAGACGGCGCGUUUCGUGAUUUCGACGGCCACUUGUGGAUUAGAGGCCGUAUCGACGAUGUUAUCAAUGUCUCUGGCCACCGGUUGUCCACGUCAGAGAUCGAAAGUGCAGCUAUCGAACACGGAGCUGUGGCGGAAAUCGCUGUAAUCGGUGUCGCGGAUGACCUGACAGGCCAAGCAAUCAAUGCAUUCGUGUCGCUCAAGACCUUAGACAAACCACCAGAAAUUGAGAACGAAUUAGUGCUACAGAUUAGACGAUCGAUUGGUCCCUUUGCUGUCCCAAAGAAGGUGAUCAUUGUUCGCGAGCUUCCGAAGACAAGAAGCGGCAAAAUUGUUCGCCGUAUCCUGAGGAAGAUAGCGAGUGGCGAUACUGAUUUUGGCGAUACCUCAACGCUGGCUGAUCCGGGAAUUGUCAACGACGUUAUUCAAGCUUUUUCUCGGGGCGUGAAGAGGGCGCCUCGUCCUUGACGGCUAUAGGAAGAGAAGACGCUGUUCGAAAACUCCGACACGAG